AUGGCCAUCUGUUCGUGUUCGCGACAGCCCAGACGAGCUCACGAUGCCGUCCUCGACUACUACGGUCGUAGACUUGCGACAUGCUCCAGCGACCGAACGAUCAAGAUAUUCGAGAUUGAGGGCGAGUCCCAGCGACUCGUAGAGACACUGAAGGGCCACGAUGGUGCAGUCUGGUGCGUGUCCUGGGCGCACCCCAAGUACGGAAACAUCUUGGCCUCGGCAGGCUAUGACGGGAAGGUCUUCAUCUGGAGAGAGCAGAACAACCAAUGGCAAAAGAUCUUUGACUUUGCUCUGCACAAGGCCUCUGUCAACAUUGUCUCCUGGUCACCACACGAGUCGGGAUGUCUUCUUGCCUGCGCCUCCUCCGACGGCAACGUCAGUGUCCUCGAGUUCCGCGACAACAGCUUCGACCACGUCACCUUCCCCGCCCACGGCUUGGGCGUCAACUCCGUGUCCUGGGCCCCAGCAACGGCACCAGGCAGCAUCGUCAGCAGUUCCCCGGGCCCCGGCUCUGCGGGCGUCAGGCGUUUUGUGACGGGUGGUUGCGACAACCUGCUCAAGAUCUGGGUCUUCGACUCGGCAUCGCAGUCUUACAAGCAAGAGCAGGAGCCGCUGCAGGGCCACACGGACUGGGUGCGGGAUGUCGCCUGGUCGCCCACCGUUCUGCAAAAGUCUUACAUCGCCUCGGCCUCCCAGGACAAGACGGUUCGCAUUUGGACCUCAGAUUCUUCCGGCUCGGGACAGUGGAACUGCAAGGUUCUCAACUUCGAUGCCCCCGUUUGGCGUGUAAGCUGGUCGUUGAGCGGUAACGUUCUGGCCGUGAGCGGCGGCGACAACAAGGUUUCUCUUUGGAAGGAGAACCUGAGGGGCGAAUGGGAAUGCGUCAAGAGCAUUGAGGAGUGA